CUUUUUGCUGGGGGGGGGGCCCUGCGCUGUGCUGCGCUGCUCAGCAUUUCGGCGUCGAUGGGUUGGGCAAAAGCCGUUUGGCUGGGCUGAAAAAGGAGGCUUGCGUCCGCCCAAACCAGAUCAGACAGGCGUCAGAAUAUGGCGUCGGGACGAGAACGGCCUGUCAGCCGGACCCCCGCUCGCCGUCCUUUUGCGGAUUCCUCACGGCAUGUCGCCCCCCUUGAACCGUGACCUGACAUGUAAAAGGGCAGGGGCGGAUCAUCACGUUGGCUGCUCGCCUGCAUCUCCUCCACGAGCUCAGACCAGACGGGAACAGACCCUGAGGAAAGAAAGGAAACGAAACGCCACCGCGACGCACGAGCGAGAGCGCAUUGUCCAGUCCAGUCCAGUCCAGUCCGCGAGCGCGAUUAAAGCACUACGAAGCGUGUGCGUCCCGAGAUUGCAGACGACUGCCGAGACGCGAGUGCCGAGACGACCGCCCAACGCCCAACGACGAGUAGACAGACACCAGGCGUUGAAUCCUAUCGUCGAGAUUCCUGCCCGACGCCCGCGAUAGCACGGAUAGGAUAGGAUAGGGGGGUUGGCGGUUCCGAGACAGACAGAAAGAGCGAUUCCGAACCCGACGCAUAGAACGAGUCUCUCACAAACGACGACGAGAGAAGCAACGCCCGAAAAUGCUGCGCAAAAAAGAGGCCUUCACGGUGGUGACGCCCAUCCCCGGCUUCAUCCCGCGGCAGCUGGCCAUGGACAUCCUCCACUCGCACAGCGAGGUCAUCACGCUCAACCCGCUGGUGCUCGAGCACCGGCCCAUCGCCGCGCCGCGCAACGCCGCCGCCGACGAGUACUACAGCACGUGGUACGAGAUCGUGGAGCGCAUCCAGUACGUGCCCGGCGUGGGCAGGGCCGGCUCCGGCAAGAUCUCCUUCAACGGCUGCUUCCACGACAUGCCCUGGGGCCUGCAGACGCACAUCUACGCGCCCAUGAACAUUGACCUGCGCCACAAGUACCGCAUCGGCGGCAACCAGCCCGGCGUCGAGCCCCCCGAGACGCGGCGCGAGAUCGGGCUCGAGGCCCUGGGCGCACCCGCCGACGGCCUGUACCUGCGCGAGGACAUUGAGCUCAAGUGCAACAUCGCCAUGGUCGGCUUCGUCAAGUCGCAGCUCAAGUCGGCCAGCAAGGACAUGGUGCAGCGCAUCAUCAAGAAGGCGGAGCUGCUCGACGCGGGUAUCCUUCGCGCCAUGAUCGAGGACGGCAAGCUCAAGACGUACAACCCCAACGACCGCUCCAGGCUGAUCCCCAGCCCGGGCAUCCCCUCGCCCGACGCCCUCUCCGUCGGUGGGCAUCCCGGCAGUCCGCGUAGGACCUCGCAGCAGUACUACCAGCCUGGCGUCGGCGGCCUCCCGUCGUCGCCGAGCUCGGGCAUCGUCCGCCCCGAGAGCUCCCACCGCCAGUCCUACCAGAUGAUGCCGCAGAGCCCGUACGCGCCGCAAGGGGGGGGACCGUAUGAGGCGCCGCCCCUCCCGCCCAAGGAGCAGAUUGUACCCGUCGAGCUGCCCGGCGACGCCCACCACCACUUGCCGGUGUCGCAGCAGCAGCAAGGCGCCGGGCAGCAGCAGCAGCAGCAACAUCGCGCGUCGUACCCGUACGGCGGCGGCGGCGGCGGCGGCUCCAUCGCGUCGUCGGACCCGCGGUGGUCGCAGAGCCAGCCCAGCCCGGCCUUGACGGAUCCGCACAGGGUGAGCCUAGUCUCCAUGGCCAGCGGCGGCGGCGGCGGCGGGCAGCCUUCACCGGGAUUCCCCCGCCAGAGUUACAUGUCAGAGCUGGCGGCGCACCCCGAGACACGGGAGGAGCAUGACCGCCGGUGAAAUCAGAGACGGAGGCACCAGACGUCCCUGGCUGGACUGGGACAAGAGGAGACGGAUCCGGACACAAAAGAGAUACCCGUUAGCGGAGGAAUCAAUGGCAAGGA